ACUGCUCGUAGUGCCUCAAUUUGUCAUACUUUGAAGAAAUCACAAAUGGCUGCGAUUGUGAAAGAUGCCGGUGAAAUUUGGUCACGUCUCUUUGAUCAUAGGCCUUAUCUAAGUGGUGAGAUUAAGUACUUCUUACGUGAAUUUGAGGAAAAGAGGCAGGAUCGGGAAGUUGAGAGAUUAUUUGUUGUGUUGGAAAGAGUCACUGAGAUUCGAGACACUCAAGUGGAUCGUCUGAAGCAGAGCAGCGAUGCCUUCCUUCCAAGGCUCAACACCAACCUUGAUGCAGCACUUAAUAUGUGCAAUCGCAUGAUAAAGAGUGAAGAAGAGCACCUUGCGGACACUAGUUUGGAGUCCAAGAGAGCACUGAGGAAGGCUGACUGGGAGAACUUCAUUUCUGAUAUGGCUGUGCGUUGCUCCAAAGUGGACACUACUUUUCAGGAAAAAGAAGAGGAACUUCGAGAGUUUUAUCAGGAUCUUGAAACCAAGCUCCACAUUAACAAAUAAACAUUUUUGUGUUUCGAGCAUUAUCUAAUCCGUG